AUGGAUAAGUCAUGGAUAACAAAAUCUCGUUUGACCAUUGAUUAUAUUAUCCAUGAUAACAAGGGGUUUUUAGAUUUUGCCUUUGGGAAGAUCAAGGCAGACAUGUUGAAAUGUCCAUGUCAACGUUGUUCCCUUGCCAAAUACAAGUCCAGAGUUGAGAUUGAAGGAGAUUUGAUGUGUCAUGGUUUUCUCUGCACGUAUACAAACUGGUAUCUACACGGUGAAGACUUAGAGGACACUCCACAAGCUUUUAGUUUAGAUCAUCAACCAAAGGUCGAUCAUAUAGAUAGCUCUACCUUCAAUCUACUCGCUGAUAUUUUCCUAAGUAUGAAGUCAGACUCUCCAACCAUAGAUUCUGACCCUCCGAACUUAGAUUCAGACACUCCAAAUAUCAAGAUGGAACCUGAUGAAUCUGCUGACAUGCAUGAGGAUUCUUUGAAGGAAAAAAAGGCAUUGGGAAUCUAUCUGGUUGGAAUGUGCAUACAGCAAAUUGAAAAUGUAGAUGUUACUUUGGGAAAAAAGAGAGGUCGACAAGCUGCGGGAAAGAGUGAAGUACAUCAGUGGAGAAAAAAGAGCAUCUUCUUUGAGUUACCAUACUGGAAAGAUCUUCUUUUGAGGCAUAACCUUGAUGUUAUGCAUAUAGAGAAGAAUGUAUUUGAUAAUCUAGUGUUUACUUUACUGGAUGACAAAGGUAAAUCCAAAGAUAAUCUUAAUGCACGAAAGGAUCUUCAAGCACUUGGGAUAUGCUCUGAACUAUGGCCUGCUGCUAAUGGUAGAUUUCUUCUAGCGUGUUUCACAAUGACCAACUGUGAAAAUGAUAGUUUUCUUAACAUUUUGAAGAAUGUGAAGCUACCAGAUGGAUAUUCUUCGAAUAUUUCUGCUUGUGUUGAUCUGAAUCAACGGAAAAUGGUGGGUUUGAAGAGUCAUGAUUGCCACAUAUUGAUGGGUCAGUUGUUAUCUAUCGCUAUACGUAAUGUGUUGCCUCAAGAGGUAGCAUUUGUUGUUAUGGAGUUGUGUCAUUUCUUUAGGGAAAUAUGCUCGAGAGUAAUUGAUAUCAGUUAUAUGGAAAAGUUGCAGGAACAUAUUGCUCUCACCUUAUGUCAUCUAGAGAUGGUAUUCCCACCUUCUUUUUUAACGGUAAUGGUGCACUUGACUAUUCACUUGACUGAAGAAGUCAAAUUAGGAGGACCAGUUCAAUAUAGAUGGAUGUAUCCAGUCGAGAAGAUCCUUGGACAUUUGAAAACUUACGUUAGAAAUCGAGCAAGGCCUGAAGGUUCCAUAUGUGAGCAAUUUAUUGCAGAAGAAUGUUUGACUUUCAGCUCCAUGUAUCUUGAGGGGAUAGAAACUAGAUUUAACCGUGUGAUGAUAGGAUUUUGUGUGGAUGUGAUAUGA